GAUCCCCACCCCUUCAACGCUCUGGAUCCAACAAAAUUCAAAAAUCAUCCCCUCCCUCUCUUAAGAAACCAGAAAAAAAGAAAUUCGAACUACUACUCUAACGGCUACAUUUCUCCCUCUCCCUUCUUGUCUCUCUUCCUCCUCUCUCGCUACUCUGCCCAAACCGGAACUCACUAACUCUCUCUCUCUCUCUAGAAAUUUAGUAAUGAAGCACUUUAUGCUACCUAAAAACCCGGUCUUGAGAGAAGCAGCAACAACACACAAUGAGCAGUCACCAAACCCUAGCUCUCACAAGACGAAACCCUCGCAAUCGCCUUCGCGGAGGGCCAAAUCUUCUAAAGAGAACGCUCCGCCUCUGGAUCCGAACUCUACUACUUCCGAUCUAAAGCCUUCGCCGUCUACUGCCUCCGCCAAGUUGAAGAGUCCCUUGCCUCCGCGCCCUCCGUCUUCAAAUCCUCUCAAGCGCAAGCUUAGUAUCGAGGCUUUCCCGGAGAAUUCGCUCUCCGAUUCUGGCGUCAAGGUAGUGGUACGAAUGCGGCCUUUAAAAAAGGACGAGGAGGAAGGAGAGACAAUAGUUCAGAAACUAUCUAAUAAUUCUUUGUCAAUCAAUGGACAGACCUUCACUUUUGACUCAGUGGCAGAUACGGGGGCCACCCAGCUAGACCUGUUCCAACUUGUAGGAGCCCCUCUUGUGGAGAAUUGUCUUGCUGGGUUUAACAGUUCUGUAUUCGCCUAUGGACAGACUGGGAGUGGAAAGACAUACACAAUGUGGGGCCCAGCCAAUGUGUUGUCGGAUGAAACUUUAUCGAGUGAUCAACAAGGUUUGACCCCCCGAGUCUUACAGCGACUCUUUGACCGUAUAAGUGAGGAGCAAAUUAAGCACACUGACAAACAACUUAAGUAUCAGUGUCGCUGUUCUUUUCUUGAGAUCUAUAAUGAACAAAUAACAGAUUUGCUGGAUCCAAGUCAAAGAAACCUCCAGAUAAGAGAAGACAUGCAAACUGGUGUUUAUGUUGAAAAUCUCAAAGAGGAGUUUGUAUUUACGAUGAAAGAUGUGACUCAGCUCCUGAUAAAGGGACUGUCCAACAGGAGGACUGGUGCAACCAGUAUAAAUACAGAGAGUUCCCGUUCACAUAGUGUUUUCACUUGUGUUGUUGAAUCCCGGUGCAAGAGCAUGGCAGGUGGAAUGAACAGCUUGAAAACAAGUAGAAUAAAUCUUGUUGAUCUUGCUGGAUCAGAGAGACAGAAGUUAACUGGAGCCGCCGGGGAUCGGUUGAAGGAAGCAGGGAAUAUUAACCGAUCUCUCUCACAGCUUGGGAACUUGAUAAACAUUCUUGCUGAGGUUUCUCAGACAGGAAAGCAAAGGCAUAUACCUUAUCGAGACUCCAGGUUAACGUUUUUAUUGCAAGAAUCACUUGGUGGAAAUGCCAAACUAGCUAUGGUGUGUGCUAUUUCUCCAGCACAAAGUUGUAAGAGUGAAACUUUUAGCACAUUGCGAUUUGCACAGCGGGCUAAGGCAGUCAAGAACAAGGCUGUUGUUAAUGAGGAGAUGGAGGAUGAUGUGAAUCACUUGCGAGAAGUAAUACGGCAGCUAAGGGAUGAAUUGCACCGGGUGAAAGCAAAUAGCAACAAUCCAACAGGUUGGGAUCCCCGUAAAAGUUUGAAUAUAUUGAAAAGCCUUAUCCAUCCACUUCCUCGAUUACCUCAAGUAGAUGAAGAUGGUGAUGAGAUGAUGGAAAUUGACGAGGGAGCUGUUGAAAAGCUCUGCAUUCAAGUAGGUCUGGGACCAGCAGGUGCAACAUAUCAAAAUUAUGUUGAUGAAGGCAGAUCUAUCAUAGACCAAGGUACUGAGGAUUCAGAUGUCGACAUGGAAGAAACAAUACCUGAACAAGCUGAAAAGCAUGAGAUUCUGAUAUCGGGUUGUGCUGAACCUGCUAGAAACAACACGUCAGAAUCUUGCGAGGAGCCAGCUGAGGAGAAAGGGACUCUUAGGUCCUCCGUCAGUAAAUUGAUAACAGAAGAAUCACCAAACAAAAUGGUGGAGGUCAGGUCCUCCUGCACUUCUGGUUCCCAAAGUGGAUUUUCCACUAGCAUUUCCACCACAGACGAACCAAAUGGUUCUCAAAAAGAGACAGGGAAUUGUGUGUCUCCUUCAAGCCUCAGUAUAGUUCCUUCUGAAGUGUCCCCUGUUCUUAAAUCUCCAACUCCAAGUGUUUCGCCUAGACUCAACAUCAGCAGGAAAAGUUUGCGGACUUCAUCAAUGUUAACUGCUUCCCAGAAAGAUUCCAAGGAUGAAAGCAAGUCAGGACCAGAGAACCGUAUAUCCUCUGCAAAAUCCGAACCUUCAACUGCUCUAAUUCCUCAAACCAGUAAGAGUUUCCUUGCAUCAACUGAACAUUUAGCGGCCAGCCUUCAUCGUGGCAUGGAAAUUAUUGAUAGUCAUUGCAGGAGUUCUGUAUUGAGGCGAUCUUCCUUCAGAUUUUCCUAUAAGCCUGAAGAAUCUAAGCCGAUUCUGCUUGUUGACAAAGUUGAUGUGGGCGUGCAAACUUUUCCUCAAGAUUAUGAGAUAUCAGAAACAGUAUUGUUGUGUGCAAAUUGCAAAACUAAAACACAACUAGAGGUGAAAGAUGCAGAUGAUAGCAAUCUGCAGUUAGUACCUGUUGAUGGCUCGGAGUCCAAUGAGAAACCCAAAAAGCAAGUUCCGAAGGCAGUGGAGAAGGUUUUGGCAGGAGCAAUCAGGAGAGAAAUGGCCCUGGAAGAGUUUUGUGCCAAACAAGCUUCUGAGAUAACGCAGCUCAACCGUCUGGUUAAGCAAUACAAGCAUGAGAGAGAGUGCAAUGCCAUAAUAGGGCAGACAAGGGAAGAUAAAAUUCUUCGGCUUGAGAGCCUUAUGGAUGGUGUUUUACCUUCUAAGGAUUUCAUGGAGGAAGAGUUGGCAGCACUCAUGCAUGAGCAUGAGCUUUUGAAAGAGAAAUAUGAGAACCACCCUGAAGUUUCAAGGACAAAUAUUGAGCUGAAAAGAGUUCAGGAUGAGCUAGAACAUUAUCGAAACUUCUAUGAUUUGGGUGAAAAGGAAGUCUUGUUGGAAGAGAUUCAAGAUUUAAGAAGCCAGUUACAGUACUAUAUAGACUCUUCUUCCCCAUCUGCUCUAAAAAGAAAUUCACUUCUGAAAUUGACCUAUACAUGUGAGCCCAGUUUGGCUCCCCCUCUUAAUACAAUCCAGGAAUCAACUGAGGAGAGUCCCGAUGAGAAACUUGAAAUGGAGAGAACGCGCUGGAUGGAGGCUGAGAGCAAGUGGAUUUCGCUUGCUGAAGAAUUGAGAACUGAACUUGAUGCUAACAGAGCACUAAAUGAGAAAUUGAAGCAGGAAUUAGAUACAGAGAAGAAAUGUGCAGAAGAGCUGAAUGAAGCAAUGCAAAUGGCCAUGGAGGGACAUGCACGCAUGCUUGAACAGUACGCAGAUCUUGAGGAAAAACAUAUUCAAUUACUUGCAAGGCACAGGCAGAUUCAAGAAGGAAUAAAUGAUGUCAAGAAAGCAGCUUCUAAAGCUGGAGUUAGGGGUGCCGAAUCCAAGUUCAUAAAUGCACUUGCUGCCGAAAUUUCUGCAUUGAAAGCUGAAAGAGAAAAGGAGAGGCGAUAUUUUAGAGAUGAAAGCAGGGGACUUCAGGCUCAACUGAGGGAUACUGCUGAAGCUGUACAAGCUGCAGGUGAAUUGCUGGUGAGGUUGAAAGAAGCAGAAGAAGCUGUUGUUGUUGCUGAGAGGCGAGCUAUGGAGGCAGAGCAAGAAGCUGUAAAGGCAAAUAAACAGAUUAAUAAGCUGAAGAGAAAACAUGAAAACGAGAUCAGUUCUCUAAAGGAGCUAGUGGCAGAGUCUCGUUUGCCCAAAGAAGCAAUACGACCUGCUCACAAUGAUGAUUGUAAUAUGCCCAAGUAUGAUGCAGGUGAGCCUCUUGGCGAAGGCGAUCAGCAAUGGAGAGAGGAGUUUGAGCCAUUUUAUAAAGCCAAAGAUGGUGAAUUGUCAAAACUCGCAGAACCCUCAUCAUGGUUUUCCGGUUAUGAUCGAUGCAACAUAUAAAAAGUGUACGUAUUACUAACUGUUAUGUGAUAUAUAGCCAAACUUGUACUGCUAGUUUUUGCCAUUUGUGAGGGCCAACCUCUCGGCUCUCAUACUGGGCCUUGUAUUCCAUUCGGAUCCUCGCAGUUCAUAAGAGUUGAAUGAAUAUAUUCUUUUUAUUCA